AUGAACGACCAAGCCCUUCUCCAAAAGCCAUCGCUGCUCCGCAGCCCCCGUCAAACAACAGUGCUUCUUCCUGACAUGUUUCAGUCGUUUCUGAAGUAUAAACCGCUCAUUAAUCCAAACUAUGAAACCGUCAAGGCAGACUCCGAAGAUUGGAUCAACAGGGUUUGCGCUUUUGACAGUAAAAUGGCGAGGAAGAUAAGCAAAUGCGACUUUUCUUACUUUUGCGCAAUCGCUGCACCGGAGGCACCCCCGGAGAGAUUUCGCACAUUGUGUGACUGGGGUAACUGGGUCUUCCCAUUUGACGACAUGUUUGACAACGGAAGACUUCGCGACCUGCCGGAAGAGUCCCGAAUUGUCAUGGAAAGCUUGAUGAUGCCACUGCUAGGGCAAAACAGCCAAGACGAAAAGCGAUUACACAUUGUUAGAGCCCAUGACAGCGUUGUGGAGAGAGUACUUUCAAGCACAACAGCUGGUGCGGUCGGUCCGAAACCCUUUCCGCCCUUUAUCUACUAA